GGGACUAGGCUGCCUGCUAUAAACAAAGUAACAAGUCUCUGGUAACAAGUUUUAAUAUAGUAGCUAGCAGUAUUAAUAUAGCUGAAUAUUAUGAAUAAUACUGUGAGUCUGGCAACAUGUUAAGUAUGUGUAGUUGGUAAGUAACUUAUUAAUUUACAUAUUUUGAGGUUUGAUGGAAUCCCCCAAAACCUUUUGUCUAGUUAUGUCACUCUACACAAUACACAGCCGGCACAGGGGCACCAAGGCUACACUGCAGUAAGGUUUGCUGUCCAGGCUCUUUUGCCCAAGUAAUUUGAAUCCCCAACGGGCAACACCCCAAACUGAGAAACCCCAACAGGCUUUUUUUCAGGGAUUUUUUAGGGCCGUAAAAUGGCCCCAAAAACUCAAUCUUGAAUUGAGUUUCGAAACUCAAUCUUCUCGUCAAAAGAUUCUGUGCAGUAAAAUGUUGUUUGAGUUAAAUUCAUGACGUGUGCAAAUUAGUUUUCAGUUGAAAACCCGAAAAUUAAGUAAAAAAUGGCUGGAAUUCAUUUCACAACACCAUAGUGUCCCUUAGUGCCUCAAUCUGACUGAAAUUCUCACUUUCGCAAGCAACUUUCACGGUUAUAACCCACAGAAUCAUUCACAGAGACCUUUAACAAUCGAAAUAUGUGAGGAAAUCUUAUUUAUAACAUUUUUGCAUGAACAAAGCAAUAACACUCAGCCCGCUUAGCUAGACAAGCCAACCCUGGUCAUUGCAUUUAUACGGGAAAUUCCCAACCAGGUCACCUGAGAUCUUGGGUCAGUCGAGGCAAGAUGUCGCUUAGGCAAGUCGGUUGAGGCAGGAUCUCGCUUUGACGGGCCAGCUCGGUUCCCAUAUAAACUCAAUAUUAAAUUUAGUAGGAAAUAAUAGCAAAGGUGCCCCACCAUAUAAACAGCCUCUUAGAGUAGUUUAAUUGUGGUUGUUUCUCGUGUGCUUCACCAGUUUUUCCUGCAUUCUUUAGCAAUAUGUCAGCCUUGCGAAACACUUAUUUGUUGAGAAUGUGUAACAUGAGCCUCAUGAGCAACCACAUCCUGCGUUGACAACAUUUACAACUGUAAUAUUCUAAUUAAUAUUAUCACAGAAUUGUGAAGAGAGAUCUAACAAAAGAAGCAUGAAAAUCUUUUGAUGGGUGGAGCUGUGAGCCAUGGUGUUGACAACAAUGACCUCAUUGAUAAACUCUGUGAAGCAGGAUACAUCAGGUCACCUGAAGUUACAUUUGCUUUACGUGCUGUCGACAGAGCAUUAUAUUUCCCAGCAGGCCGUGAGAACCUAGCCUACAGAGAUUUAGCUUACAAGAAUGGGGACAUUCAUCUCUCGGCACCAUGCAUAUAUUGUGAAGUUCUUGAAGGUCUAGAGUUGCGGGAAGGUUUAUCAUUUCUUAACAUUGGAAGUGGGACGGGAUACUUAUCAACCGUAGUUGGUCUAAUUCUCAGUGCAAAUGGAACAAACCAAGGCAUUGAAAUUUGCAACAAUCUCGUAGAGUUUGCCCAAAAUAAAAUGCAAUUAUUUCUUGAGAAAUCAAUGCCAAAUAUUUUUGGUGUUGAGUUUUGUGAUCCUGUAUUUGUUUCUGGUAAUGGGUUGUGUUUGAAUCCAUAUUAUCGUCAGUAUGACCGAGUGUACUGUGGUGCAGCGGUGAGUUCGGAAUAUGGAGAUUACAUGAAGACUUUAGUUAAAAUUGGUGGAAUCCUAAUUAUGCCAUUUGAUGAUAAGGUAUGGAAGUAUUAGAAAGGUUUAUCAAGUUUUUCACUCAUUGGUGAGCGGAUUUCCCAACAGGCUAAUUUGCCAAAUUUGUAGGGGAUCUGAGGUACACAGGUCUGCGAUUUAACGUCCUUAUCCAAGAAAACCAUCUAAACCAUAUACUGAUGUCAAUGUAAAGGUAACUCUUUCUCCUCAAUCAUUUUAAGACCUUGUAUGAGAGUUGAGAAGCGAGAGUUUGCAUGAGAGUGUUCCGAACUCCAUGCCCCGGUCAAACAAGAGUUGCAUGAGAGUAAGAGAGUUGACUAUAUGUUACUGCAAGCGUAGCGACAGGGCUCGAAACUUGCGGUAUCCCGAUAUCCACAGGAUAUCAGAUUUUAAUUUUGGAUACUGGGUAUCAUAAGCUCAGUAUCCCAACUGGAUACUAGGAAAACUUAGAAAUUGCGAUAGUAGAUAAUCAUCUAGACAUUGGGCAUGUUUCCGAACUUCAAUGUCUACGGAUUUUGGCAGAAUAUUUUUAAAAAAAUUUCACAAACGGUGCUUUCUUUCGUAUCGCCGCAGUGUGUUAUUUUCAAUUUUUUCGAAUUUCAAUACAUAUUUUUAUUAUUGAAACUAAAGGACUGGUUUUUGUUCAGCAACUAAAGGCCUGGUUGCAAGGUAAAAUUUUGCCUUGCUUAGAUACUGGAAAUAGAAUAUCUAGUAUCCAAAUCUGGGUUACUAUAUAUUUCAAGGAUGGAUACUAGAUUCUAUGAUGCUGGUAUCCACUUGGAUACUGACAAAAAUUUCAGGUUUCGAGCCCUGAGCGACAACUCUUAUCAAAAUUUGAACCAAAAGUUGAUGAGUUAUUGGCGCAGUCAAAUGUGAGCAAGAGCUACUUUGCAACUCUCAUCCUCGUUCGACCAAGUAAAAUAAUAAAGUAGGGCGUGUAACGCAACUAAUAAUGGUUAAAACAAAACCUGUAUUAUUUAAUUAAAAUACUCCUCUAUCACAGCUGUUAAAGAUUUGCAAAAUAUCCGAAGUGGACUAUGAAGAGACAACAUUGUUACCGGUUUCAUUUGCACCUUUGAUUCUGCCAGGAAAGGAGCAUAAAAUGCAAUCAAUCGACUUAAUUGGUAAGAAAUAACCACCAAGCAAUAAUUUAACAUACCGGUACCCAUUGUCCAUUAAGGUUGCAACAUUAACUCUUUGUGAGGUUGUUGACAACCAUACGAGAUAAUCUAGCUGUAGCAAGGCUGGUCUUAAAGUCCUCAAGAUUAAGAGCAUCUUAUAUAAUUACAAAUUUACAAAAAGGCUUAAAAUGAUCGCUGGCAGACAGCAACACCACACAGACCACCAAUUCUCCAAAUCCAGUACCAUUUAAACCAGUAAUCAACAUACCACAAGUGGACUGGAAUUUGUAUAGUAUAAAUUUCGUGUGAAACCAAAACUUAUUCUUUUUAGCAUCCAACCCAAGAACACUUCAAUCCCAGUGUAGAACGUCCAUACGACAACUGCUUGGUGCAAAGAAUUUACAGAAUGUGGUCAAUUUAAAACUGCCGUUGCCUAAACCAAUCCUGCGAUACUUGCUUUACCAAUAGCGUUUAGUAAAUGCUGUUUAAUUAAACCGCAAGAAUUUAGGACAGUGUGUUAGUUAUACAGGGUUUCUAAAAAAGUGAAUUUUUAGAAAUUCAUCUUAACCCAUUAAGUGCCAGCACUCUGCCCUUGACGAGUAAAAUUGUCUGGUGUUAGACAAGAGUAAAAUAACAAAGUAGGGUGCAUCAGGGCACAAUGCAACUCAAUAGGUUAAGUAUUGUUAUAAUUUGAAUGCUUGAGUCCUACACCCAUAGGUGCAUAUAAACACAAUUGAAUCGAAUUUUGCAUUGUAAACUCCCAGAGGCAAUGAAGUUUGGCUGUUUGCAAAUAAAGGGCGAUUUCUAAAGGGUCACUCUUUUUUGAGACACCCUGUAUAUAUAUCACAAGAAUUUAGGACAUAAUGUGUCAGUUAUACAUGUGUAUAAUACAGAAUUAAGAAUAGGUUAUAUUCUAAGCAACUUUGUAAAAUUAUGAAUAUUCAAAUAGGUCAAUUCACUUGGUCACCAUUUAGUAUAGCAUGUAUGUGCAAAAGUUGUGAAAAAUGCCCUCUCUCCUACCAUGCCAAGAGCAAUAGAAAGUAUGUGCAAACAACAAUAGACUUAUGCAAACACUGCAAAAGUUUGAAGGUUAUCUCCCCCGGAAAGUGGAUACAGGCUUUUCAAAAUUAGUUGGGGGGGGGGCAAACGAAAUGUCAGGUUACCACAAUAUGUCUGCACUUAAGAUUUUAACAAGGCAAGACAAACACUUGUCAGAACCAUUCAGGGUUCGUUCAUGUGAUUGUACUUGCAGUAAUUUGAAUGGGAAUUCAUUUCACAAUUAACUGUUUAUAAGAUUUGCUUUCAAGUUGUGUUAAUUAUAAAACUACAAUCGCUCGUGCUGUUGUGAAAAUUGCUUGUAUAUAAUUAUGUUAAACUAACGAACACCAAAAAAUAUGAAGUUUAUUAUUAAUCAAAAUAGAGUAGCAGCUUCAAUUGUUUUAAACUGGAUAAAAAAAUUGUGAUAUUCAUAAUUGCAUUAUAAUAAAGUUAUUGUUUGUGUCUUCCAAAUGAAGUGAUUGCAAUGGCCACAGUAGAUUACAUGCAGCAGUAGUAUAUGGUAAACCUUCGGUCAUUUUGUGUCAUUCAGUGAUUCAGUGUCAAAAAUGUGGUUUCAAUAGAUUACUCUAAUCUGAGCAAUUCAACAUCAAAUACCAAAGUCGCAUUGGGCGGGAUGG